UGGCGGUCAGCAACAGGCACGCGCUUGCUCGUGGGUGUGCGAGAUAGACUCGUGACCGCGCUCGGCGUUCCUCUUCCGCAGCGCACAGCGGUGAGCGCGCUACACUGCUGAAAGGAUGGAUGGAGCGGGCUCGUUCGGAGCCGGGCGAGCCGGUUCGGCCUUCGACCCUGUCGCGUUCGUCAAACAGCCACAGACUGUCCUACGAGUGCUGGCAUGGAUCUUCUCCAUGGUGGUCUUUGCAUCUAUAAUAAACGAAGGCUAUGCGAAUAUGGGCAGCGAGCGACUGUACUGUGUCUUUAACAGGAAUUCAGAUGCAUGUAACUAUGGCAUCACAAUAGGAAUCAUCGCUUUCUUAGCCAGCAUCUUUUUCCUGGCCUUGGACGUCUACUUCCCCCAGAUCAGCAGUGUUAAAGACAGAAAGAGAGUUGUGCUGUUGGAGAUCGUCUUUUCAGGAUUCUGGACGUUCCUGUGGUUCGUAGGUUUCUGCUUCCUGGCCAAUCAGUGGAGCCAUACGUCCCCUAAGGAGUUGCCCCUGGAGCAGGCGUCCGACGCAGCCCGAGCAGCUAUUGCCUUCUCUUUCUUCUCCAUCCUUACCUGGGCGGCCCUCACGGCCUGUGCCGUGCAGCGGUUCCUCCUGGGUACGGACAUGAGCCUGUUUACCGGCGAGCAUGUGGCCAGUCAGGCCCCAAAGCAGCCGUACCCCUCCAAUGACGUCAUGGGCCAAACCACUAUCCCCGUCGACGCCUACCAGAGUCCACCCCUCAUCGAAACCGCAGACACCCGCCCCCCUGGCUACAAGAUCCCGCCAGCAUUUUAAUCUGCAGCCAAUCCGAAGGACAGAUUAUAGACUGCCGUAUAUGUUAGCUAAAUGUAUCGCGAUGUACCGCAUUUUAGCAACGGGGUGGAGAGGAGAUGCUGUUCACCUCUGUAGUGAGUACUAUCAUACAGAAUUAAAUGAAUUCAUGUAGUGUCACCUUUACUCUAACAAAUGUGGGUGUUUGGGGAUAUUUAUUGAUUAUUACGACCCAAAGGUUUAACAUUGACAUAUUAAAUAAUUGCAAACAUCAAUAUGUUCUGUUUAUUCAGUAAUACAUAUGUAGUCCGAUUUAUUUGAAAGAAAUGCCCAUUUUAAUGGCUAAUACAAAAGGGAUUUGGGAAAUUAUACUGACAUCUAUUGGCUUGGAUGAAGCAUUACGCAAAAUUGUAGAGAUUGGAAUACUCCAUUGACUGCUGUAGGUUUCACUUAUGGUUAACGUUUUUCGCAUUGGAGUGUAUCGUUAAUAAAAUGUAUCGUUUUUAACAUAUUUAUUAUAUAAUUUAUAUUUAUUUCAUAAAAAUGCAUAAGACAAUAUCAUAUUGUAGUGAUAUACAUUUUUAAAUGUGUAGCAUCACUUAGUGCACUCAAAGUUUAAUAAAACCAAUUGUAUUAUUAUUACAAAAGUGCUUAUAGUUUCAAUUAGCUAUUAUUUUCGUGUUGUUAAAUGAGUACCAUAGAUUAUAGCUUUAUGCCAUAGCUAACAAACAAUCUGUAGCAUCACACAAAGAUCACUUAUUGUUUUAAGUGCCGUACACGUCUUUUGUGUCAAAGUCUGUUGCUGUUGAAAGAAAUGCCACUUAUUUAAGUUUCAGGUAAACAAUGUUAUGUCACUUUAACAGGAGCAAGAGAGACUGUGAGAAAAUGAGUGCGUCUCAGUUGUGUCUCAGUCUGCGUUUGUGGAGACAGAAAACAUUCCGGAUGAGAUAACUGAGAUUAUUGCAACAGAUUGUUUACUUUAACAAACAUACUUGUGUAUAUGUGUGUGUGUGUGUGGGUGGGGCGUGUGUGCUUGAUCUAAAUAUGUCUAACUGCAUGAUAUGGUACAAAGACACUGAAAUUUCCAAUGAAGUAUAGAGGCGAUUGUUAUAUUUUGUUAAUGGAGGAUGUUAAAAGGGUUAUCAAAGUGUUUGGAAUGACAUGAAUAAAUAAAUAUGAACCGGAUUAGUUAUAAUUUUUGUUUUAAAAUAAAUGUUUUUAAGGGUCA